UCUCUGGUUACCCGAAAUAGACGUUCGCCUGAAUGACGCCCUCACAGGACGAUUUUGGAGUUACACGUUGCAAAGGCAAUUUUUCACGGAUUUUCGGCAAAUCCCUAGUUUUUUCGCAUACAUUUUCCACGCAAUCGAAACGGGCGAUCUGUGCCCGAUAUUUUGAGUGAGUUUCAGUGCCCUUGGAUGAGUGAAAACGGCCAGCGAAGAGGAAAUUGAGCACCCAACAACAACACCGACCUCCAUUUUGUACCACAAGGGUUAGGAGUGGACCAGCAUGGGGUCGGAAUACAUGGACACCACUGUCAAGCUUGAGGAUAGCUCGGAAAAUGUUACCGAAAUCCAAUCGUAUCUCGCGGGGUUUCAGAAGGAAAUUGGCGACAGCAACUUGCCCUCCGGCACUGGGGCAGAAGUGGAUGGAGAUGGGGAAGAAGGGACUUACUUCGUAGACCAGGCGGGCCACUAUUACUUCCAAGCCAAGGGCGAGACUCAGCCCGUGAUGACGGUCAUGUCCAGUUUACCCCAACAGUCCGCCGAGGACGAGGAUGAUGAGGAGGAGUUCAUAAUCAACCACGAUAAGGAGGAUGUCGAAGUAACCGAUGUGCAGGAGAGUCAGGCGUCGCCCAACGAAGGCAGCAACUCCAAUCAGAUCAUGAUCAAUUCGGGCAACGCUUUCCAGAGGGUGACUGUGGUGCCGGCCGACACCAACGCGGGCGAGCUGAGCUACGUGCUAAUUGUGCAAGACCCCGAUCUGAAAGGAGAGGAGCCAGCCGAGGAAGAAGACCAGGAUAUGGCAGUGUACGACUUCGACGACCAAGAGGACAGCGUCCAAAUGGACUCGGACACCGAGGACGAUAAGUCCAAGAUCCCCAAAGUGGUGCAGCGGAAAACCACGCAGACGGUGUCGCAGGCUCACAUGUGCAACUACUGCAACUACAUCAGUAACAAGCGCUACCUGCUGUCUAGGCACAUGAAGUCGCACUCGGAGGAGCGGCCGCAUAAGUGCAGCGUAUGCGAGCGCGGCUUCAAGACCAUCGCCUCCUUGCAGAACCACGUCAAUACCCACACGGGCACCAAACCCCAUGCCUGCAAGUACUGCGAAGCGGCCUUUACCACUUCUGGGGAGCUGGUGCGUCACGUGCGCUACAGACACACACACGAGAAGCCGCACAAGUGCACAGAGUGCGACUACGCGAGCGUCGAACUAUCGAAGCUAAAGCGCCACAUCCGUUGCCAUACGGGGGAGCGGCCCUACCAGUGCCCCCAUUGCACCUACGCCAGCCCCGACACAUUCAAAUUGAAGAGACAUCUGCGGAUCCACACGGGGGAGAAGCCCUACGAGUGCGAGAUCUGCAGUGCGCGCUUCACGCAAAGCAACAGCUUGAAGGCCCACAAGCUCACGCAUAACAUUGGGGACAAGCCGAUUUUCCAAUGCGAGCUCUGUCCGACGACUUGCGGCCGCAAGACCGACCUGCGUAUCCACGUCCAGAAACUGCACACAUCAGAUAAGCCCCUCAAAUGCAAACGCUGCGGCAAAUCCUUCCCCGACCGGUACAGCUACAAGCUGCACAGCAAGUCCCACGAGGGGGAAAAAUGCUUCAAGUGCGACUUAUGCCCAUACGCCUCCAUAUCAGCGCGCCACUUGGAGUCCCACAUGCUCAUCCACACCGACCAGAAGCCCUUUGAGUGCGAGAUGUGCGACCAGUCGUUCAGGCAAAAGCAGCUGUUGAAGCGACAUCAAAACCUCUACCAUAACCCCGAGUACAUCCCGCCCAAGCCCAAGGAGAAGACGCACGAAUGUCCAGAAUGCUCACGGACUUUCAGACAUAAAGGCAAUUUAAUAAGACACAUGGCAGCGCAUGAUCCUGAUCCGCUGGUGCAGCGGAAGCAACUGGAACUGAAACUGGGCAGACAAAAGAAGAUCCAAAUGAUCGAUGGGCAGCAGGUGGAAGUGCUCGGGCCUGGUCUGGGUUCCGAUGAGGAGGAAGAGAUCGAUAUGAUGGCUGUAGAGGGUUCGGAUGGCCAACAGUAUGUGGUGUUGGAAGUGAUUCAAUUGGCUGAUGGGGAAGAACAAGCUAUGAUGGGGCCUGGCAACGAGUCCGGAGGGGGCAUUGUGGGCAUGGACGGUGUGAUUGAAAAUGAAGGAUUGGACGAAGAGGUGAUCAAGGCGCUUCAGUCUGCGCGGCGAUUGGCUAAAAGCGAAGACCUAGAAGAUGAGGACGACGAAGAAGAUAAGAAGCCAAUCCUGCCCAGCACAGAAUCGGACAUGCAAAACUGCUUUGGAUUUGAUGAGGACGAGGAAGACGAUCAGCAACGAGACGCCCUGGAUUUGCUAGCAGAAAUGGAUUGAAAAUGAUGAAAUCGCUUUUUUCCCUUCUUUGUACACCCGUUUUUUUUUGAUAAUGCAUUGUUUUGUAAAUAUAUACUAAGCUGUAAUUAAUAAACUGUAUAUUGUACAA